GGAAUGAAGGAGUAUCACAAGAUAGGUUUGUGGUGUGUGAGACUGAAUAUAUUAAAGAGAGAUUCGUUGUGUGGAGGAGGGGUAGGAUAGGAAAGAUGAUGAUGAUAUCAAAGAACAUCUAUGGCAGUUCGGUAAUUGUAAUCAUCUCUGUUGUUGUUGUUGUUGUACUUCUUCUUGUACUUUUGAAGAAGAAGCGUAUUAACAAAUUCUUAUUCUUCUCCGCCUCAUCAUCAUCUUCUUCAACAACAACAACAUCCUCUUUCGUCUCCGAUUCUACCAAUUUAAACUCAUCCAGAACCUCAAAGAUUGUGACAAAUGAAGAUUUGAAGUUUUUAAUGAUGAUUUUCGAUGGAAAUCUAAAUGAGAAUGCUAAAUGGGAGGAUGUCAUAGAUAAAAGAAACGAUCAUCUAUGCUACAAUGCAAAAUCCUGCAAACCUAAGAAUGGUCCCUUGAGAUAUUUGAGUGUGACCGUGUUCAAUAAUAUUUCGGCUGAGAUGCUAAGAAACUUCUACAUGGACAAUGACUACAGAAAACAAUGGGAUAAGACAGUGGUUGAGCACAAUCAACUGCAGGUGGACAAAUCUGAUGGUUCUGAAGUUGGUCGUACGGUUAAAAAGUUCCCUCUUUUGAAACCUAGAGAAUACGUGCUAACUUGGAAAUUGUGGGAGGGGAGGGAUAAAACAUUUUACUGUUAUAUAAAGGAAUGUGAACAUACUUUGGCUCCACGGCAGAAUAAAUAUGUACGGGUUGAGUUUUUCAGAUCUGGCUGGCGAAUAAGACAAGUACCUGGUAGAAAUGCCUGUGAGAUCACAAUGUUUCAUCAAGAAGAUGCUGGUUUAAAUGUGGAGAUGGCAAAACUGGCAUUUUCCAAAGGCAUAUGGAGCUAUGUAUGCAAGAUGGAUAAUGCGCUCAGAAGAUACUCUGCUGCAAGCGGGCAUUUAUCCAGUUCAGUUACCAGUUCAGUCAAUUUAAUGCAAAAGGUACCGGCUUGCUUGGAAUCCAGUACUAGCUACGCAUCUUCAUCUCAUCCUACUAUCAUUCAUGAUCAAACUACUCACGAAUCUCAAGUGCGUGUGAUAUCAAGAAGGCCAUCCAGGAAAUUUUUAGCCAAUAGUGUGCUGCUUGUAGGGGGUGCAAUAUGUCUGUCACGUGGUCACUCUAGCCUAGGUGCUAAAGUUGCAAUGGCAUACAUCUUCUCGAAAUUACGUAAAACAAAUUCAAACCAAACAAAACAAAGCUGAGUGAUAAAGUAAAACAUGUGUUGCAAAGUGUAAGAUAUUUAUAAAUGUAACAACUUUUAUAGAAUGUGAAAUUUUUAACAAAUUUUGUAUGAUUUAUAUAUACGUGGGUAUGUAAUUAGUAAUAGAUUUACUUGUAUUCUAAAGUGUUCAGCUCAACUUGACUCAAAAAUUUGGUUCUAACUCGAAACUUAAGUUCACUAUAAAUCUUUUGGUUGAAACUUGGAAUUGAUUUAAGCUUGUGAAUAGUUUGA